GCGAGGAUGAUGAUGUGCUCAGCGACUGCCUCCCCCGCCGCCGCCUCCUCGGGGCCCGGCGGGGACGGAUUCUUCCCAGCCGCCACCAUCUCUUCCUCCCCGGCGCCGGGGGCGCUGUUCAUGCCGGUUCCGGAGGGCUCCUUGGCUGCCGCUGGGCUGGGGCUGGGGCUGCCGGCCGCGGACUCCCGGGGUCACUACCAGCUGCUGCUGUCAGGCCGGGCCCUGGCCGACCGCUACCGGAGGAUUUACACAGCUGCGCUCAGUGACAGGGACCAAGGGGGCAGCAGCGCUGGACACCCAGCCUCCAGGAAUAAGAAAAUUUUAAAUAAGAAAAAGUUGAAAAGAAAACAGAAGAGCAAAUCAAAAGUGAAGACAAGAAGCAAGUCUGAAAACUUGGAGAAUACGGUAAUCAUACCAGAUAUCAAAUUACAUAGCAAUCCUUCUGCUUUCAAUAUUUAUUGCAAUGUACGCCAUUGCGUUCUGGAAUGGCAGAAAAAGGAAACAUCAUUGGCAGCUGCAUCUAAGAACUCUGUGCAGAGUGGAGAAUCAGAUAGUGAUGAAGAGGAGGAAUCCAAAGAGCCCCCUAUCAAGCUUCCAAAGAUCAUUGAGGUUGGACUUUGUGAAGUUUUUGAAUUGAUCAAGGAGACGAGAUUUUCUCAUCCAUCCCUGUGUCUGAGGAGUCUACAGGCCCUGCUUAACGUGCUUCAGGGUCAGCAGCCGGAAGGCCUCCAGUCAGAGCCCCCAGAGGUCCUAGAGGCUCUCUUCCAGCUCCUUUUGGAAAUCACUGUUCGAAGUACUGGAAUGAAUGACAGCACAGGACAGUCUCUGACAGCACUUUCCUGUGCUUGCCUCUUUAGUCUGGUGGCUUCUUGGGGAGAAACAGGAAGGACACUUCAGGCCAUCUCUGCUAUCCUCACCAACAAUGGCAGCCAUGCUUGCCAAACUAUACAGGUGCCAAUGAUACUAAAUUCACUACAGAGAAGUGUACAGGCAGUGUUGGUGGGAAAAAUUCAAAUUCAGGACUGGUUUAGCAAUGGCAUUAAGAAAGCAGCUUUAAUGCACAAGUGGCCAUUAAAGGAAAUAUCCGUUGAUGAAGAUGAUCAGUGUCUACUUCAGAAUGAUGGAUUUUUUCUUUAUCUGUUAUGCAAGGAUGGAUUAUACAAAAUAGGCUCUGGAUACAGUGGAACAGUUAGGGGCCAUAUAUAUAAUUCUACAUCUCGCAUCAGAAACAGAAAAGAAAAAAAGUCUUGGUUAGGGUAUGCUCAGGGUUAUUUAUUGUAUAGAGAUGUGAAUAACCACAGCAUGACAGCCAUAAGAAUAAGCCCUGAAACACUGGAACAGGAUGGUACUGUGAUAUUACCAGAUUGCCAUACUGAAGGUCAAAAUAUUUUAUUCACUGAUGGAGAAUAUAUUAAUCAGAUCGCUGCUUCAAGAGAUGAUGGCUUUGUUGUCAGAAUUUUUGCCACAAGCACUGAACCUGUGCUACAACAAGAAUUACAACUUAAACUGGCCAGAAAAUGUUUACAUGCCUGUGGAAUCUCACUAUUUGAUCUGGAAAAGGACUUGCAUAUUAUAAGCACAGGAUUUGAUGAGGAGUCAGCAAUUCUUGGUGCAGGACGAGAGUUUGCACUAAUGAAAACAGCAAAUGGAAAGAUAUAUUAUACUGGCAAGUACCAGAGUCUUGGAAUCAAGCAAGGUGGUCCUUCAGCAGGAAAAUGGGUUGAACUACCAAUUACAAAAUCUCCAAAGAUUGUACACUUUUCAGUUGGACAUGAUGGUUCUCAUGCCCUUUUAGUUGCAGAAGAUGGAAGCAUAUUCUUUACAGGAUCUGCUAGUAAAGGAGAAGAUGGAGAGUCAACUAAGAGCAGACGGCAAUCAAAACCCUACAAACCUAAAAAGAUAAUUAAGAUGGAAGGAAAGAUUGUGGUGUACACAGCCUGCAAUAAUGGAAGUAGUUCUGUUAUUUCUAAAGAUGGAGAGCUAUACAUGUUUGGGAAAGAUGCCAUUUACUCUGACAGUUCAAGUUUGGUAACAGAUUUGAAGGGUCAUUUUGUAAUUCAGGUAGCUAUGGGCAAAGCCCAUACUUGUGUUUUAAUGAAGAAUGGAGAAGUUUGGACAUUUGGUGUAAAUAAUAAAGGACAGUGUGGACGAGACACUGGUGCCAUGAACCAGGGGGGGAAAGGGUUUGGCGUUGAAAAUAUGGCAACAGCAAUGGAUGAAGACCUGGAAGAAGAACUAGAUGAGAAAGAUGAGAAGUCCAUGAUGUGCCCUCCAGGCAUGCAUAAAUGGAAGCUGGAACAGUGCAUGGUGUGCACUGUCUGCGGAGACUGUACAGGUUAUGGAGCCAGUUGUGUCAGUAGUGGGCGUCCAGACAGAGUCCCCGGAGGGAUCUGUGGUUGUGGUUCCGGAGAAUCUGGCUGUGCUGUGUGUGGGUGUUGCAAGGCAUGUGCAAGAGAGUUGGAUGGUCAGGAGGCAAGACAAAGAGGAAUUCUUGAUGCUGUGAAAGAAAUGAUACCUUUAGAUCUUCUGUUAGCUGUCCCAGUGCCUGGGGUUAACAUUGAAGAACACCUUCAGUUACGACAAGAAGAAAAAAGGCAGCGUGUAAUCAGGAGACACAGAUUAGAGGAAGGAAGAGGCCCCCUUGUAUUUGCUGGUCCUAUUUUUAUGAACCAUCGAGAACAGGCUCUAGCCAGACUCAGAUCCCAUCCAGCUCAGCUAAAGCAUAAACGGGACAAGCACAAAGAUGGAAGUGGAGAACGAGGAGAAAAGGAUGCAAGCAAAAUCACAACAUAUCCUCCAGGCUCCGUGCGAUUUGACUGUGAGCUCCGGGCGGUACAAGUCAGCUGUGGAUUUCAUCAUUCAGUGGUUUUAAUGGAAAAUGGAGAUGUCUACACAUUUGGAUAUGGGCAGCACGGGCAGCUAGGACAUGGAGAUGUCAAUUCCAGGGGAUGUCCCACCCUUGUUCAAGCACUGCCAGGCCCUAGCACACAAGUUACUGCAGGCAGCAACCACACGGCAGUACUUUUAAUGGAUGGACAGGUCUUCACAUUUGGAAGUUUUUCUAAAGGACAACUUGGCAGACCAAUUUUGGAUGUGCCAUACUGGAAUGCAAAACCAGCUCCCAUGCCUAACAUUGGAUCAAAAUAUGGAAGAAAAGCUACCUGGAUAGGUGCAAGUGGGGACCAGACAUUCUUACGAAUUGAUGAAGCACUUAUUAAUUCUCAUGUACUUGCUACAUCAGAAAUUUUUGCCAGUAAACACAUAAUAGGCUUGGUACCUGCUUCUAUGUCAGAACCUCCUCCAUUUAAAUGUCUUCUGAUCAAUAAAGUGGAUGGGAGUUGUAAAACUUUUAAUGACUCUGAACAAGAGGAUCUGCAAGGAUUCGGUGUGUGUCUUGACCCUGUGUAUGAUGUCAUUUGGAGGUUUCGACCAAAUACCAGAGAGCUGUGGUGUUACAAUGCAGUGGUUGCUGAUGCCAGACUUCCCUCUGCAGCAGACAUGCAGUCCAGAUGUAGUAUUCUAAGUCCUGAACUUGCCUUACCAACAGGAUCAAGGGCUCUCACCACCCGAUCUCAUGCAGCUUUGCACAUUCUAGGUUGCCUCGAUACCUUAGCAGCUAUGCAGGAUUUAAAAAUGGGUGUUGCAAGUACAGAGGAGGAGACUCAAGCAGUAAUGAAGGUUUAUUCCAAAGAAGAUUAUAGUGUAGUGAACAGGUUUGAAAGUCAUGGAGGGGGCUGGGGUUACUCUGCCCAUUCAGUAGAAGCUAUACGUUUUAGUGCUGACACUGAUAUUUUACUUGGUGGCCUUGGUCUGUUUGGAGGUAGAGGAGAAUAUACUGCGAAAAUUAAGCUGUUUGAGUUGGGUCCUGAUGGAGGAGAUCAUGAAACCGACGGAGACCUUCUUGCAGAGACUGAUGUAUUGGCUUAUGACUGUGCUGCCAGAGAAAAGUAUGCAAUGAUGUUUGAUGAGCCAGUUCUCUUGCAAGCUGGAUGGUGGUAUGUAGCAUGGGCUCGAGUUUCUGGACCCAGCAGUGACUGUGGAUCUCAUGGACAAGCUUCUAUUACCACAGAUGACGGGGUUGUUUUCCAAUUUAAGAGUUCAAAGAAAUCAAACAAUGGUACAGAUGUUAAUGCUGGUCAGAUACCUCAAUUAUUAUACAGACUUCCAACCAGUGAUGGUAGUGCCUCAAAAGGCAAACAGCAAACCAGCGAACCUGUACAUAUUUUAAAGAGAUCUUUUGCAAGAACUGUCUCAGUGGAAUGUUUUGAGUCAUUAUUGAGCAUUCUUCACUGGAGUUGGACCACCUUAGUCUUAGGAGUUGAAGAACUUAGAGGAUUAAAAGGAUUCCAGUUCACAGCGACACUUCUAGAUUUAGAGAGACUGCGCUUUGUGGGUACCUGUUGUCUGAGGUUAUUGCGUGUCUAUACGUGUGAAAUUUACCCAGUAUCAGCUACCGGAAAAGCAGUUGUGGAAGAAACUAGCAAAUUAGCAGAAUGUAUUGGAAAAACUAGAACUUUGUUAAGAAAAAUUUUAUCAGAAGGAGUUGACCACUGCAUGGUGAAGUUGGAUAAUGAUCCUCAAGGAUAUCUCAGUCAACCUUUGAGUCUCCUAGAAGCUGUCCUUCAAGAGUGUCAUAAUACCUUUACUGCCUGUUUUCAUUCUUUCUACCCAACUCCUGCCUUACAGUGGGCUUGCCUUUGUGAUCUGCUGAAUUGUCUGGAUCAGGAUAUCCAGGAAGCAAACUUCAAGACUUCAAGUAGCCGAUUGCUUGCAGCUGUUAUGUCAGCUCUGUGCCACACUUCUGUUAAGCUGACUUCCAUCUUCCCUAUUGCAUAUGAUGGAGAAGUACUAUUACGAUCAAUUGUUAAACAAGUUAGCACAGAGAAUGACUCAACACUAGUUCACCGGUUCCCCCUUUUGGUAGCACAUAUGGAAAAGCUCAGCCAGAGUGAAGAGAAUAUCUCAGGUAUGACAAGCUUCCGUGAAGUUCUGGAGAAAAUGCUGGUCAUUGUUGUGCUCCCAGUCAGGAACAGCCUGAGGAGAGAAAAUGAGCUCUUCUCCUCUCACCUGGUUUCCAACACCUGUGGAUUGCUGGCCAGUAUUGUCAGUGAACUGACAGCAUCAGCCCUGGGAUCUGAGGUUGAUGGACUUAAUUCUCUCCACUCUGUUAAAGCCAGUGCUAACCGAUUCACAAAAACAAGUCAGGGAAGAAGUUGGAACACUGGGAAUGGGUCCCCUGAUGCAAUCUGUUUUUCAGUAGACAAACCAGGAAUAGUUGUGGUUGGUUUUUCUGUCUAUGGAGGAGGUGGAAUUCAUGAAUAUGAAUUAGAGGUGUUAGUUGAUGACAGUGAACAUGCAGGAGAUUCGACUCAUUCUCACAGAUGGACAUCUCUAGAAUUAGUCAAAGGAACAUAUACAACAGAUGACUCACCCAGUGAUAUAGCUGAAAUCAGACUUGACAAAGUUGUUCCUUUAAAGGAAAAUGUUAAAUAUGCUGUGCGCUUGAGGAACUAUGGAAGCCGUACAGCCAAUGGAGAUGGAGGAAUGACCACAGUUCAGUGCCCGGACGGUGUGACAUUCACAUUCAGCACAUGCAGCUUGAGUAGUAAUGGUACAAAUCAAACCAGAGGACAGAUUCCACAGAUCCUGUACUAUAGGAGUGAAUUUGAUGGAGAUUUACAAUCCCAGCUUCUGAGUAAAGCCAAUGAAGAAGAUAAAAACUGUAGCAGAGCUCUCUCUGUGGUAAGCACUGUUGUUCGAGCUGCAAAAGACCUCUUGCACAGAGCUCUUGCUGUGGAUGCUGAUGACAUUCCAGAACUGCUUAGUUCUUCCAGUCUGUUUUCCAUGCUGCUUCCCCUUAUUAUAGCCUACAUAGGACCAGUAGCUGCUGCUAUUCCCAAGGUGGCUGUAGAAGUCUUUGGCCUUGUCCAACAGUUACUUCCCUCAGUUGCCAUUUUGAAUCAAAAGUAUGCACCCCCUGCAUUCAAUCCUAAUCAGUCAACAGAUAGCACCACAGGAAACCAGCCUGAGCAAGGCCUCUCUGCUUGUACAACCUCUAAUCACUAUGCGGUCAUAGAGAGUGAGCACCCCUAUAAACCUGCAUGUGUGAUGCACUACAAGGUGACAUUCCCAGAAUGUGUACGGUGGAUGACAAUCGAGUUUGACCCCCAGUGUGGCACUGCGCAGUCAGAAGAUGUCCUCCGUUUAUUGAUUCCUGUCAGAACUGUUCAGAAUUCAGGAUAUGGACCAAAAUUGACAUCUGUUCAUGAAAAUCUUAACUCCUGGAUAGAAUUAAAGAAAUUUUCAGGGUCCUCUGGGUGGCCUACUAUGGUUUUAGUGUUGCCAGGAAAUGAAGCCCUUUUUUCAUUGGAGACUGCAUCAGAUUAUGUGAAAGAUGACAAAGCUUCUUUCUAUGGUUUUAAAUGUUUUGCAAUUGGAUAUGAGUUUAGCCCUGGACCUGAUGAGGGUGUCAUUCAGUUGGAAAAAGAAUUAGCCAAUCUUGGCGGAGUUUGUGCAGCCGCUUUGAUGAAAAAGGAUCUAGCACUUCCUAUUGGUAAUGAAUUAGAGGAAGAUCUUGAAAUUCUUGAAGAGGCUGCAUUGCAGGUGUGCAAAACCCAUUCUGGUAUUCUUGGAAAGGGUUUAGCUCUUUCUCAUUCACCAACUAUAUUAGAGGCGCUUGAAGGAAACUUACCACUUCAAAUCCAAAGCAAUGAACAGUCCUUUCUGGAUGAUUUUAUUGCCUGUGUUCCAGGAUCAAGUGGUGGGAGGCUUGCAAGGUGGCUUCAACCAGAUUCCUAUGCUGAUCCUCAGAAAACAUCUUUGAUCCUGAACAAGGAUGAUAUUCGUUGUGGUUGGCCUACCACCAUAACUGUUCAAACAAAAGACCAAUAUGGGGAUGUAGUACAUGUUCCCAAUAUGAAGGUGGAAGUGAAAGCCGUUCCUGUUUCUCAGAAAAAACCAUCUUUACAACAAGAGCAAGUGAAGAAAACUCAAAGGCUGCCUGGCAGUCCUGCAGUAGCAGCAGCGCCUUCCAACACCGAUAUGACUUUUGGCGGGCUGGCCUCACCGAAGCUGGACGUGUCGUACGAGCCAAUGAUAGUGAAGGAGGCUCGAUACAUUGCCAUAACAAUGAUGAAGGUUUAUGAAAAUUACUCAUUUGAAGAACUGCGUUUUGCAUCACCAACUCCUAAAAGACCCAGUGAGAAUAUGCUGAUCCGUGUCAAUAACGAUGGCACUUAUUGUGCAAAUUGGACUCCAGGGGCUAUUGGACUCUACACUAUUCAUGUGACCAUUGAUGGCAUUGAAAUAGAUGCUGGCCUAGAAGUUAAAGUAAAAGACCCCCCAAAAGGGAUGAUACCACCAGGAACUCAGCUGGUCAAACCAAAGACUGAACCUCAACCAAAUAAGGUUCGAAAAUUUGUGGCCAAGGACAGUGCAGGACUCCGUAUCCGUAGCCACCCUUCCCUUCAGAGUGAGCAGAUAGGCAUAGUAAAAGUCAAUGGAACUAUCACUUUCAUUGAUGAGAUCCAUAAUGAUGAUGGUGUGUGGCUGAGACUGAAUGAUGAGACAAUAAAGAAGUAUGUUCCUAACAUGAAUGGUUACACUGAAGCCUGGUGCCUGUCCUUUAAUCAACACCUUGGCAAGAGUCUUCUGGUCCCUGUUGACGAACCUAAAACUAAUACUGAUGACUUUUUCAAAGAUAUAAACUCCUGCUGCCCACAGGAAGCAACAAUGCAAGAACAAGAUAUGCCGUUCUUGCGAGGAGGGCCAGGCAUGUACAAGGUAGUGAAGACGGGACCUUCCGGUCACAACAUCAGAAGCUGCCCUAACCUUAGAGGUAUCCCAAUUGGAAUGUUAGUUCUGGGAAACAAAGUCAAAGCAGUGGGAGAGGUAACCAAUUCUGAAGGUGCGUGGGUGCAGCUGGAUAAGAACAGCAUGGUAGAGUUCUGUGAGAGUGAUGAAGGAGAGGCAUGGUCCUUAGCUAGAGACAGAGGCGGAAACCAAUACCUUCGACAUGAAGAUGAACAAGUUCUUCUGGAUCAAAAUUCUCAGACUCCUCCUCCAAGCCCUUUCUCAGUGCAAGCUUUUAAUAAAGGGGCAAGUUGCAGUGCCCAAGGAUUUGAUUAUGGACUUGGAAAUAAUAAAGGUGACCGAGGAACUAUCUCAACAUCUUCUAGACCACUCUCUACAUCAGGAAAAUCAGAACUGUCCUCCAAACACAGCAGAUCACUUAAACCUGAUGGACGUAUGAGCCGAACUACUGCUGAUCAGAAGAAACCAAGGAGUACAGAAGGCUUAUCAGCUAGUGAAUCCCUUAUGUUGAAAUCUGAUGCUGCAAAGUUGAGGUCAGACUCUCAUAGCAGGUCCUUGUCCCCCAACCAUAAUACCUUGCAGACACUAAAAUCUGAUGGGAGGGUGUCUUCUAGCUUUAGAGCUGAAUCUCCAGGACCAGGUUCUCGGUCAUCAUCUCCUAAGCCAAAGACUCUCCCAGCCAAUAGGUCUAGCCCAUCUGGUGCUAGUUCUCCGCGCUCCUCCUCACCACAUGAUAAAAAUCUACCUCAAAAAAGCACUGCUCCUGUUAAGACUAAACUUGAUCCUCCUCGGGAACGUUCCAAAUCAGACUCUUACACACUUGACCCAGAUACCCUACGCAAGAAGAAAAUGCCCCUCACAGAACCGUUAAGGGGACGAUCAACAUCACCAAAACCAAAACCAGUACCAAAGGAUUCUAAAGAUUCCCCAGGAACCGAAAAUAGAGCUCCUUCUCCUCACGUGGUACAAGAAAACCUUCACAGUGAGGUGGUCGAAGUCUGCACUUCAAGUACUUUAAAAACAAAUAGUCUAACGGAUAGCACCUGUGAUGAAGGUAGUGAAUUUAAGAGUGUUGAUGAAGGUUCAAAUAAAGUUCAUUUCAGCAUAGGAAAAGCACCACUGAAAGAUGAACAGGAAAUGAGAGCAUCCCCCAAAAUAAGUCGAAAGUGUGCUAACAGGCACACCAGGCCCAAAAAGGAAAAGUCCAGCUUUCUCUUCAAAGGGGAUGGAGCCAAACCUUUAGAGCCGGCCAAGCAAGCCAUGUCCCCUUCCGUAGCUGAGUGUGCCAGAGCAGUCUUUGCCUCUUUCCUGUGGCAUGAAGGCAUAGUACAUGAUGCAAUGGCUUGUUCUUCUUUCUUAAAAUUUAAUCCUGAACUUUCCAAAGAACAUGCUCCUAUAAGAAAUAGUUUAAACAGCCAACAGCCUACAGAAGAAAAGGAAACCAAAUUAAAAAAUAGACAUUCAUUGGAAAUAUCAUCUGCACUGAAUAUGUUUAAUAUUGCACCUCAUGGACCAGAUAUAUCUAAAAUGGGUAGUAUCAACAAAAAUAAGGUGUUGUCUAUGCUUAAAGAACCACCUCUGCAUGAAAAAUGUGAGGAUGGGAAAACCGAAGCCACUUUCGAAAUGUCCAUGCAUCACCCAAUGAAGUCCAAAUCUCCUCUUCCUUUGACUUUACAACAUUUAGUGGCUUUUUGGGAAGACAUCUCUUUGGCUACUAUCAAAGCAGCUUCCCAGAAUAUGAUUUUUCCAAGUCCUGGUUCUUGUGCAGUCCUUAAAAAGAAAGAGUGUGAAAAAGAGAAUAAGAAGGCCAAAAAAGACAAAAAGAAAAAGGAAAAGACAGAAGUUCGGCCCAGGGGUAAUUUGUUUGGUGAGAUGGCACAGCUGGCAGUCGGAGGACCAGAGAAAGACACCAUCUGUGAGCUGUGUGGAGAAUCCCAUCCAUACCCCGUUACCUAUCACAUGCGACAGGCUCACCCAGGUUGUGGCCGGUAUGCUGGUGGACAAGGUUACAAUAGCAUUGGGCAUUUUUGUGGAGGAUGGGCCGGUAACUGUGGUGAUGGUGGCAUAGGAGGAAGCACUUGGUAUCUAGUCUGUGAUCGCUGUAGAGAAAAAUACCUCCGUGAAAAACAGGCUGCUGCAAGGGAGAAGGUCAAACAGUCCAGGAGGAAGCCAAUGCAAGUCAAGACUCCUCGUGCCUUGCCCACCAUGGAAGCUCACCAAGUGAUUAAAGCAAACGCGCUGUUCCUGCUGUCCCUGAGCAGCGCCGCAGAGCCAAGCAUUCUGUGUUACCAUCCUGCAAAGCCAUUUCAGUCUCAGCUUCCCAGCGUGAAGGAGGGCAUUUCUGAAGAUCUUCCUGUUAAAAUGCCUUGUCUCUACUUGCAGACAUUAGCUAGGCAUCAUCACGAAAACUUUGUGGGCUAUCAAGAUGACAACCUGUUCCAGGAUGAAAUGAGAUAUCUACGUUCAACAUCUGUACCUGCCCCAUACAUAUCCGUAACACCUGAUGCAAGUCCUAAUGUGUUUGAAGAGCCAGAGAGCAAUAUGAAAUCUAUGCCACCAAGUUUGGAAACUAGUCCCAUAACUGAUACUGAUCUUGCAAAGAGAACUGUCUUCCAAAGAUCAUACUCAGUUGUUGCUUCUGAAUAUGAUAAACAACACUCCAUUUUACCUGCACGAGUUAAAGCCAUUCCUAGAAGAAGAGUUAACAGUGGAGACACUGAAGUUGGUUCUUCCCUCUUGAGACAUCCAUCUCCUGAGCUUUCCCGGCUAAUCUCAGCCCACAGCUCUCUUUCCAAAGGAGAACGAAAUUUCCAGUGGCCAGUUUUGGCUUUUGUUAUACAACAUCAUGAUCUAGAAGGUCUUGAAAUAGCAAUGAAACAGGCCCUAAGGAAAUCUGCUUGCCGAGUUUUUGCUAUGGAGGCUUUCAACUGGCUUCUGUGUAAUGUCAUCCAGACGACUUCUCUACAUGAUAUUCUGUGGCAUUUUGUGGCAUCAUUGACUCCUGCUCCAGUGGAACCAGAGGAAGAAGAGGAUGAGGAAAAUAAAACAAACAAAGAAAAUGCAGAACAAGAGAAAGACACGAGAGUAUGCGAACAUCCACUCUCAGAUAUAGUGAUUGCGGGUGAAGCCGCUCAUCCUUUACCACACACAUUUCACCGCUUACUUCAAACUAUCUCUGAUCUUAUGAUGUCUCUCCCCAGUGGCAGUUCAUUACAGCAAAUGGCCCUAAGGUGCUGGAGUCUGAAAUUCAAGCAAUCUGAUCACCAGUUCCUCCAUCAGAGUAAUGUCUUUCAUCACAUUAACAAUAUUCUGUCAAAAUCAGAUGAUGGAGACAGUGAAGAAAGUUUUAGCAUCAGUAUCCAGUCUGGCUUUGAAGCGAUGAGUCAGGAAUUGUGCAUAGUAAUAUGCUUAAAGGACUUAACCAGCAUUGUUGACAUAAAAACUUCAAGCCGACCUGCCAUGAUUGGCAGUUUGACAGAUGGUUCUACGGAAACCUUUUGGGAAUCAGGAGAUGAGGAUAAAAACAAAACUAAGAACAUCACCAUCAACUGUGUAAAAGGAAUCAAUGCCCGCUAUGUAUCUGUCCAUGUGGAUAAUUCCCGAGAUCUAGGGAAUAAAGUUACCUCAAUGACCUUCUUAACUGGCAAAGCAGUAGAAGAUUUGUGCAGAAUAAAACAGGUUGAUCUGGAUUCUAGGCACAUUGGUUGGGUAACAAGUGAACUUCCAGGAGGGGAUAAUCACAUCAUCAAGAUUGAAUUAAAGGGCCCAGAAAAUACACUGAGAGUUCGACAAGUAAAAGUCCUGGGCUGGAAGGAUGGCGAAAGCACAAAAAUUGCUGGCCAGAUUUCAGCCAGUGUGGCCCAGCAAAGGAACUGUGAAGCCGAGACUCUGCGAGUGUUCAGACUUAUUACAUCUCAAGUAUUUGGAAAGCUCAUCUCUGGAGAUGCUGAGCCUACACCAGAGCAAGAGGAAAAAGCACUGUUGUCAUCACCUGAAGGAGAGGAAAAAGUAUACAAUGCAACAUCAGACGCUGACCUGAAAGAACAUAUGGUCGGAAUCAUAUUCAGCAGGAGUAAGCUGACGAAUUUACAAAAACAGGUGUGUGCUCACAUCGUCCAGGCUAUUCGCAUGGAAGCCACCAGAGUUCGUGAAGAGUGGGAACAUGCCAUUUCAAGCAAAGAAAAUGCCAAUUCUCAGCCCAAUGAUGAAGAUGCCUCCUCCGAUGCUUACUGCUUUGAGCUGCUCUCUAUGGUCUUAGCACUGAGUGGCUCUAACGUGGGCCGGCAGUAUCUGGCUCAGCAGCUAACUCUGCUCCAGGAUCUCUUUUCACUGCUCCACACAGCAUCUCCUCGAGUCCAGAGACAGGUAACCUCCCUACUAAGACGGGUGUUGCCUGAAGUGACUCCUAAUCGUCUGGCCAGCAUCAUAGGAGUGAAAUCCCUCCCUCCAGCAGAUAUCAGUGAUAUCAUUCACUCAACAGAGAAAGGAGAUUGGAAUAAACUAGGUAUCUUGGACAUGUUUCUAGGAUGUAUUGCCAAAGCACUCACAGUUCAGCUAAAAGCCAAAGGAACUACCAUCACAGGAACAGCUGGUACCACUGUGGGCAAAGGUGUUACAACAGUUACUCUUCCAAUGAUUUUCAAUUCCAGUUAUGUUCGAAGAGGUGAAAGCCAUUGGUGGAUGAAGGGCUCAACUCCUACCCAGAUCUCAGAGAUCAUCAUUAAACUUAUUAAGGAUAUGGCAGCAGGUCAUCUGUCUGAAGCAUGGUCCCGAGUGACAAAAAAUGCCAUCGCAGAAACCAUCAUUGCCUUGACCAAGAUGGAGGAAGAAUUUAGAUCUCCAGUGAGAUGUAUUGCAACAACUAGGCUCUGGCUUGCUCUAGCAUCACUGUGCGUGCUGGAUCAGGACCAUGUAGAUCGUCUCUCCUCGGGGAGAUGGAUGGGAAAGGAUGGACAGCAGAAACAAAUGCCUAUGUGUGACAACCACGAUGAUGGAGAAACCGCAGCCAUCAUUCUGUGCAACGUGUGUGGAAAUCUGUGCACCGACUGUGACAGGUUCCUUCAUCUUCAUCGGCGAACCAAAACUCAUCAAAGACAGGUCUUCAAAGAGGAAGAAGAAGCUAUAAAGGUUGACCUUCAUGAAGGCUGUGGUAGAACCAAAUUGUUCUGGUUGAUGGCUCUAGCAGAUUCAAAAACAAUGAAGGCAAUGGUGGAGUUCCGAGAACACACAGGCAAACCCACCACAAGUAGCUCAGAAGCAUGCCGCUUCUGUGGUUCCAGGAGUGGAACAGAGUUAUCUGCUGUUGGCAGUGUUUGUUCUGAUGCCGAUUGCCAGGAAUAUGCUAAGAUAGCCUGUAGUAAGACGCAUCCUUGUGGCCAUCCAUGUGGAGGUGUUAAAAAUGAAGAGCACUGUCUGCCCUGUCUCCACGGCUGUGAUAAAAGUGCCACGACGCUGAAGCAAGAUGCCGAUGACAUGUGCAUGAUCUGUUUCACCGAGGCGCUCUCAGCAGCACCAGCCAUUCAGCUGGACUGUAGUCACGUAUUCCACUUACAGUGCUGCCGACGAGUUUUGGAAAACAGAUGGCUUGGUCCAAGGAUAACAUUUGGCUUUAUAUCUUGUCCCAUUUGCAAGAACAAAAUAAAUCAUAUAGUAUUAAAAGACCUGCUUGAUCCAAUAAAAGAUCUCUAUGAAGAUGUCAGAAGAAAAGCCUUAAUGAGAUUAGAAUACGAAGGUCUGCAUAAGAGUGAAGCUAUCACAACGCCUGGUGUGAGAUUUUAUAAUGACCCCGCUGGCUAUGCCAUGAAUAGAUAUGCAUAUUAUGUCUGCUACAAAUGCAGAAAGGCAUAUUUUGGUGGCGAAGCUCGGUGCGAUGCUGAGGCUGGACAAGGGGAUGAUUAUGAUCCCAGAGAGCUCAUUUGUGGUGCCUGUUCUGAUGUGUCCAGGGCUCAGAUGUGUCCAAAACAUGGCACAGACUUUUUGGAGUAUAAAUGUCGCUACUGCUGUUCAGUGGCGGUCUUUUUCUGUUUUGGAACAACACAUUUUUGUAAUGCUUGUCAUGAUGAUUUUCAAAGAAUGACUAGCAUUCCUAAGGAAGAACUACCACACUGUCCUGCAGGUCCCAAAGGCAAACAAUUAGAAGGAACUGAAUGUCCACUCCAUGUUGUUCAUCCACCCACUGGGGAAGAAUUUGCUCUGGGCUGUGGAGUGUGCAGAAAUGCUCACACUUUUUAGAACACUCAGAUUCCUUUGUCUACAGAGAAGAAGUUGCC